AUGCCAGAUUUUGGGUGGUUACAACAGAGGUCCAACCUGCUGUUCUCCUUAAUGAAAGGAGGGGAAACUCAGACUAGCAAAACUGCUAUAAGGGAUAUCUCUGCUCCGAAUGUCACGCCGCCCAGAUGUCGCUCGGCAGUGUUACGAGAUGACUUCCGGCAAAACCCCACAGAUGUUGUAGUGGCAGCUGGAGAGCCUGCAAUCCUGGAGUGCCAACCUCCCCGGGGACACCCAGAACCCACCAUCUACUGGAAAAAAGACAAAGUUCGAAUCGAUGACAAGGAAGAAAGAAUAAGUAUCCGUGGUGGAAAACUGAUGAUCUCCAAUACCAGGAAAAGCGAUGCAGGGAUGUACACCUGUGUUGGCACCAAUAUGGUGGGAGAAAGGGACAGUGAUCCAGCAGAGCUGACUGUCUUCGAACGACCCACAUUUCUCAGGAGGCCAAUUAACCAGGUGGUGCUGGAGGAAGAAGCUGUAGAAUUUCGCUGUCAGGUCCAGGGAGAUCCUCAACCCACUGUGAGGUGGAAAAAGGAUGAUGCAGAUUUGCCAAGAGGAAG